AUGGUCGACAUCCGGCUUGCAGGGCCGGUACGUGGUUGUCCGGACCAGUUCCAUGGCGUUUUCCAGUCGAUCGACAGGGAAGUUCAAAGGGAAAAGGACGAAUUGAGAGAGAAAAUCAAAAAGUUUGAAGCCAUCGAGGCCGAGGCUGCCAGAGAACGCUGGAGGAGGAGCUGUGAUGAGGACGACUAUCACGACUACGACUACGAUUAUGACGACUGGGACUGGGACAAGUGUGUCUAUGACGCGAAGCUUGGCCGGACUCUCCAUGCUGACGAAUGCAUCGCUAUUCUGUCAGAGUUCCAAGAGGAUUGCGAUCAUGGGGAGCAUCCCGAGUCAGAGAACAGGCUCAAUGGGCUCAUGAUGGAGUCUCUUCGCACAUCGCUGUUUCAGAAUCCACAAAUGGCUGUCUUCCAUAAGCUUUCAAACUCGGAUCUUGUACAUUAUAAGAGGUGCGUUUACUAG